AUGGCUUCCCACGAUUACGACUUCAGCGACUUCCUAAGGACCUCCCAUCUUGGCUUCCGACUGUACAAGAACAACUUUACCGACUCGCAGGGUGCAUCGCAGACUUACCAGGUUUGCGGGGAUAGGUUACUAGUCCUCAGCGCCUGUCUCAGACUACUCGACGAGCAAGGCAGUGUAGAGAACGGCUUGUUUGUAGGAAACGUCCAGGCGCAGGUUAACAAAUACGUUCCACGAAUUGGGGACUUCAGAACGACGAUAGAAGAGCUGGGCGCCCUGAUACGGGAGAACAGUGAGAAUGGACGACCAUGGGAGGCUAUUGUUGGCGAGGACCUGUCGGAGCUGGAGAAGUUGAGCGCCGCUAUGAAGAAGCAGAGCAGGUCGAUACAUAACAUACUGGUGCUCGACCGGACAAUGGAUGUGUAA